AUGAGGGAUUCACUGUGGCUGUGCGCUGUAGUUUUCCAAAUGCUUACCGCGGGAAAAAUCGUUUGCAGGACGAACAGGACGUGGAGUGGAUAUCUCGGCGACACAAUGCGGCCACUUUAUCAAUACCUGAACGAAGAGCGCGCCAAGCCUGGCUUCUAUCCGAAAGACGUUAGGAAGAAAGACCCCCUGGCGAGCUCGCACAAUUUAGAGCUGCUCGAUAGUCUCGACGAACACGUGCCGAUGAAAUAUUCUAGCAGCAGUGCUGCAAAAGCCAAAAGCUCAAAGGAAGGAAAGUUGCCGGUCGGCGAAGAAAAGCGCAACGAUUACUUGUCGCCCCGGUUGUACAGGGAACGAUAUUCUCGAGUGCUUCGUAAAAGGACGUCCGUAGAUCCGAAGAAAACUACUUGUAUGUUGUACCUGCAAGCCGAUCACACGUUCUUCAAUCACUACAAGUCCGAGGAGGCCAGCAUUGAGGUGAUGACUCGUCACGUGCAACGCGUCAACUCGAUUUAUAGAUACACAGAUUGCAUUCGCCGAAAUAUGAGUCCGCAUAAACAUCCUGCGUCAACAAUAAUCCAGUAUUAUGUCUUCAACAUAAUAAUGGAAAGGAUGGAAAAGUCAGUGGAAAAGGAAUAA